GUUGCAGGCGAUCCCGGAUGAACGUCCUGGAGAAGGCAGAAGUGGGUGUUGAUUCCCGGAAGCUUCUGGUCCUGCUUCCUAUGUGGAUCUCCUUCGUCUUGGGCAGCACUGUAGGUGCUUACGCGGAGCAUCUUUUCGGCGUCUACGCCCUCUUCAUCCCAGCCUCAACCACGCUCAGUAUUGGCCUGGGCUACAUGUUCCUGAGGCGCUUCUUGGACGACAUGUUCACCAGGAUUGAGCAGGAAGGCUUACGGGAACGCCUGAAUGAUAUGCAAGAAGCCUUCCAGCGUGCUGGGACGAGGCUCUCCGAGGCCGAGAGCCAGGGCAAAAGCUCGACCAACCUCCAAGAGAUUGACGAAGAGAUGGGUGCCAUGCUCGAGGCGUUGGAUGAGAUGGAGCGGGGGAUGGACGACUUCUGUCGAACUCCGCGUCGCGAGCACGAGAAGACCCCUAUCCGCGGCGUGUCCGAGACGAUCUAA